AAUCUUAAUAGCAAGAUCCACUGAAUACACCACUCCCGGCUCUCUGCUUAGUGUUCGGAUGUUCAAAGAUCCCUAGACUAGACUAGGCGGCGGGAGUUUCGAGGCCACAGUCCAGAUAUUAUACCAACUGCGUGUGGCUCUGCACAAAAUCACUGCCGGCUCUUUGGCACUUAAGUUUCCUCGCCUGCGAAACUGGGAUGGGCUGGGACCUCAAAGGGCCUUUCUAGUAGGGGAGUCACAGGCCCAGGUGGUUAAGGGGUGAAAGGGCAGGUCUAUACUUCACUGAGCCUCGCGGGAGGUAACCCCAGCUCAGAGAUGCUUCCGUUGCCCUGGCAACCGCCAGGCCGGCGCGGGUCCCUGAGUGCCGCUGAGGAAGCUGGGACAAACCCUGCCCUUCCCAACAUGGCGGCGGCGGCAGGGCAAAGGGCGGGGUUAGACGCUGUCAGCCUGUCCAGACUUUUCCUCUGUUUCCGCUUGUUCCUACUAACAGCGAGCCUCUGCCAAUACUUGUUCUUGUUCUUGGUUCCGAGAGUCCCGGGAGCGGGUGAGGGAAGGAUUGUCUGCAGGGAUUGGGGCAAACACCCAGCGGGGAAAGGGCGGGACUUCCGCGUCUUACUGGAAGUGACGUGAUAGUCGCGGCCACCGCCAGGUGGAACGGCAGGUGGGUUCAGGUACCAGCCUGGCCCGAACCCGGCUCUGGGACUGACGCUUCCGAUCCAGUCCCCUAUUCCCCUACCGAGCUGGGCAGUUAGCCCGCCUGCUCCAACUCUCGGAACCAUGUUUGCAGACUUGGAUUAUGACAUCGAGGAGGAUAAACUCGGAAUCCCAACUGUGCCUGGGAAGGUGACCCUGCAGAAGGAUGCUCAGAACCUGAUCGGGAUCAGCAUUGGAGGAGGGGCCCAGUACUGUCCCUGUCUCUAUAUCGUCCAGGUAUUUGACAAUACUCCAGCAGCCUUGGACGGCACAGUGGCAGCUGGGGAUGAGAUCACCGGCGUCAAUGGCAGAUCAAUCAAAGGGAAAACUAAGGUGGAGGUGGCGAAGAUGAUUCAGGAGGUGAAGGGGGAGGUGACCAUCCACUACAACAAGCUGCAGGCAGACCCCAAGCAGGGCAUGUCCCUGGACAUUGUUUUGAAGAAAGUCAAGCACCGGCUGGUGGAGAACAUGAGUUCAGGGACCGCAGAUGCCCUGGGCCUGAGCCGGGCCAUCCUGUGCAAUGAUGGUCUUGUCAAGAGGCUAGAGGAGCUGGAGCGGACGGCGGAGCUGUACAAAGGGAUGACGGAACACACCAAGAACCUCCUACGGGCCUUUUAUGAGCUGUCGCAGACUCACCGGGCCUUUGGGGACGUGUUCUCCGUGAUCGGGGUGCGGGAGCCCCAGCCGGCUGCCAGCGAGGCUUUCGUGAAGUUCGCCGAUGCCCACCGCAGCAUCGAGAAGUUCGGCAUUCGGCUUCUGAAAACCAUCAAGCCGAUGCUGACAGACCUGAACACGUACCUCAACAAAGCCAUCCCGGACACUCGCCUCACCAUCAAGAAGUACCUGGAUGUGAAGUUUGAGUACCUGUCGUACUGCCUGAAGGUGAAGGAGAUGGACGACGAGGAAUACAGCUGCAUCGCCCUAGGUGAGCCCCUUUACCGGGUGAGCACUGGCAACUAUGAGUACCGCCUGAUCCUGCGCUGCCGCCAGGAGGCUCGCGCCCGCUUCUCCCAGAUGCGCAAGGACGUGCUGGAGAAGAUGGAGCUGCUGGACCAGAAGCACGUCCAGGACAUCGUGUUCCAGCUGCAGCGCCUCGUGUCCACCAUGUCCAAGUACUACAACGACUGCUAUGCAGUGCUUCGGGAUGCUGACGUCUUCCCCAUCGAGGUUGACCUGGCGCACACCACACUGGCCUAUGGCCUCAACCAGGAGGAGUUCACCGACGGGGAGGAGGAGGAGGAGGAGGAGGACACGGCUGCUGGAGAGCCGUCCAGGGAUACACGAGGGGCUGCUGGGCCCUUGGACAAGGGUGGAAGCUGGUGUGACUCCUGAGUGCCCCGAGGAUGGAUGUGGUGCCAGGGGCAGGGUGUGUGGGAGGACGGAGCCUGGGAGCGAGGCAUAAAGGCCUCCUGGCUUGGGGCACCUGCCUCCCUUUUCCUCUGUCCUCGAACAGCAAACCUGGGCUCCUGCCUAGGACAGGCACCAGGGUCAUGGCCUGGGACCUGGACACUGGCCCCCCACCCUCCCUUCCCUCCCCAGCCAGAGGGAGAGCUUGGUCUCUGGACCUGCCUUAGAAAGGAGAGGGAGGGUAGGAAGGAAAAGGGCUUGGAGGUGGUAGGAGUCCGGGCCCUGCUCCUUGUGGGCACCCACACCGCCCCUGGAGCCUGCCGGGAGUGAGGCUGGGGGUGGACAGCAGGGGCUGGGGCCGAUGUUGAAUGGACGCCCUCGCCUCGCCCCAGAUUGGCCCGUCCCCAUCACACCUCCGAGGCCUUUAUUUAUUCUGUUCCCCCAGCUCGGCCACUUCUCUCAAGGAGGGCUGGGCUCUGGGCCUGUAUUGAAUAAACACAAACCUGGAUGGCGC